CCGCCGAUACAACAGCAGAGAAGGAGGAAAAAUGUCGCUUUCUGCUGCUCGGACCGUUCUAGGAUCAGUGUCUGUUUUAGGAGCGAACCAGACGGUGAGAAGGGACAGCCUUCAGUAGAGGAGUCCAAGAUUGGAGCCUGCUGUGUGUUGCUUUGAGAGAUAAUAAGCUUCAUAUAGCUGAACAACAAAACUGACUUUGGUUUUUACCGUCGAGAGAGUCAGUUUACCCGGCUUAGGGUAACACUACAUGGGCCUCUAAGGUAACCUGAUCUCCUAAUUAAAGCCCGUGGAGCCUCCUCCCUCGUACAGGAAGCUAACAUUUCAGUGAAGACAUGGACCCAUCUACUAGGAUGGUGGGUCUGGAUGCCCAGGGGAACAUGGUUUUCACUGUGGUAAAACCAGUAAUGGGCAUCUUCCAGGUGUCUUCAGAGCAAACGGGUAGUGUAGCACCAGGAGGCAUAGGGCUGCAGGGUUUAUCCGAAAACACGUUGAUCCUCCCUCAAGUGCAAGGCCAGGCUCCCCUGGACCAGAACCAGAUGGAAAUGCACACCAUGCAGCCUCAUAUUCAGAUGCCCCAGAUGCAGAUUUCUGCCCCAGUCCAGACCGAGGUUGUGUCCCAGAUUCAGGACCCGCCACCAAACUCCAGCACAAAUCCAGAAUCCGCUACCCACAUGCCUUUUGCAGAGGUGUCGUCACUCCUGGAUCCCAACAUGAAAGGAUCCAAGGCCCGGAAAUAUCUCAUCUCGUAUGAUGAAAUUAAACGGCGCCUGCAGGCCCCGGAGAAGAUGUCCCUGCGCUCCUUGGCGGCCUACACUCGGGUCAGCAGAGGCCCGGCCAGCAAGAAAACACUCCUGGAGUCUCUGAACGUUCUCGGCCUCACGCCAAGCACAACGACCUCUGUGUCCUCCUCUUUCUCCAAACUCACUGAAGGCGACACCGGGACUUUGUGUGACGACAUGAAGGACUUCUCCCAUGACUACAUCGACUACAGCAACAUGGCCAAACAUCUCAUCCCCGAGACAAACACAGUUCAACACUGGUCCAAAAUUAUUGAAACUAAGAACCACCUGGAGGAUAUGAGAAAAUGUUUCAAGGACCCGGUCAACAGCGGAGCGUUUGACAGCGUCACUCACGGCCUGGGUUUGGGAAUGCUGGACGUCGCGCUGGACAUGAUCAUUAUGGUGAUUGAGCAGCAGAUCCGGAUCCUGUCGGGGGCAGCGGCGUCAGACCCGCCUGACUCCGGUCCGCCAAUGCGGCGUAUCCGCAGGCGCCACCGCAAAACCCGCUCGACCGACAACGAGAACCCCCACAAGGUCUCCGGAGGGGUCAAAGAGCCGGGGAAGGUCGUUUCAAAAGGCAAAGGGCGAGGCCGGGCCAGGAAGAAGAUAAGGCAGGAAGCUGGAGCUGCUGUUCCCAUGGAAACCCAAACAGAACAAUGUAAGCCGGAUGAUGUGGAGAAUAACGUCCUAACCCUGGUGUCUGUUGGAUAUGAGACCGUUUCCAGUGAACUCAAUGUAGCGGGGACUGUUUGA